UUAUCUUUGUAUUUUAAAGAAAAAGAGUUUAGAAAGACAAUGGAUUUUUUGGAUGAAAAAAUGAAAAAUAAAUAUUUUGGUUUCUCAAUGUUAGAAAAAGCUUUAAAAAAAAAUGAUAGUAAUUAUAUUGAAACUGAUCAAUUUUUUACUCACACAAUGUUAUUUAUGUUUCAAGUAUCACUCUUUUCUCUUUAUAAAAAAAAAGGAAUAGUACCGUCUAUGGUAAUGGGAAUAAGUUGCGGUGAAAUUUCUUCAUUGUAUAUAAGUGGGGUUUUAGAUUUAGAUACAGCUUGUGAUAUAGUUUUUUUAAGAGCAAAACUUUUAAAUGAUACUUUAGAUAAAGAAGGAAAAAUGAUUGGUAUUUUUUGCAAUAAAAAUAUUUAUGAUAAUAAGUAUUCAAAUCUUUAUAACACAUUAGAGCAGUCUCUAUAUAUUUCACCUAAUGCUUUUGUUUUAUCAGGUAAAAAUGAUGAAAUUAUAGAUCUAGAAAAUAGACUAAAACAGGAUGGGAUAAAAUAUUCAUCAAUGAGUUUGGGUACUAGAUUCCAUUGCAGUGUUCAAGAUGCAACUAAAAAUGAUGUUCUAUCAUUAGAUAUAAAAUCAAAUUUACCCACAAUUCCAGUUUUAUCUUGUGCAAAUUUAAAAUAUUUUAAUGAAAAUUAUAAAUAUGACCAAAAUCAUUUGUACGAAAAUAUAAGAAAUCCUUGCCAUAUACAACAAAGUUAUGAAAAAAUA